UGCCUUCCUCAGCUUAGUCGUACGGUUCCAUACUUCCAUUCCAUUCCUCUGCCAUUUCAUGGAGGCAGACCCUUCUGCUCCUUCUCCCAAUUCUCUCCGGACAUGAAUUCACUACAAUUCUCUCUCGUCCCUCAUCUGCUCUCACUGGCUCUCCUCUUCCAGGUCUCGGCCUCGGUCGACUUCGUCUUCAAUGGAUUCGAUUCCUCCGAUGUUCUCCUCUACAGCAACGCCACGGUCGUGUCGCCAGUCCUCACUUUGACGAGAAACACGCCCUUUGCGUUCGGACGGGCCCUCUAUAAGGCCCGAAUCCCCGCGAAGGACCCGAAGUCAUCUUACGUGUAUCCCUUCUCCACUUCCUUCAUCUUCGCCAUGGCUCCUUACAGGAAGGUCCUUCCCGGUCACGGCCUGGUGUUCAUAUUCGCCCCGACUACGGGGAUUGAUGGAGCUGACACGGCGCAGAAUCUCGGGUUUAUCAACCGGACGUUAGACGGGAUCCCCAGCAACCACCUGUUUGGGGUAGAGUUCGAUGUUUUCAGGAAUGAGGAAUACAACGAUAUCGAUGAUAAUCAUGUCGGGGUUGAUGUGAACUCUCUCAAGUCCAUUAGCUCCUAUACUGCCGGGUACUGGCCCGACAGAGGGAAAUCCAGCGGCAGCAGUAACGGUAUCGAUGACAGUAGUCAGAGUGGCUCGGAAGACGAGGAGUCGUUUAAGAAGUUGAAGCUAAACAAUGGUAGGAAUUACCAAGCUUGGAUCGACUACUCGGAUUCGGUCUUGAACGUGACUAUGGCACCGGUCGGCACGAGAAGGCCCGUGAGGGCUUUACUUAAUGUCUCAUUGAAUCUCUCCGAGGUUUUCCUGGACGAAAUGUAUGUCGGGUUCACAGCUGCAACAGGACAAUUGGUACAGGGGCAUAAGAUCUUAGCUUGGAGCUUUAGCAAUACGAAUUUUUCACUGAGGGAGAGAUUGAUUACGACUGGGCUGCCCUCUUUUGUUCUUCCAGAAGAAUCGAUUCAUCGAUCGAAGGGGUUCAUUGUCGGGAUUUCAGUGGCUUCUUUCGUGAUGAUCAUUUUGGGCGCAUUGCUUUACUUGUUUCUUGUUAGGAGGAGGCAGAGGAAGUUGAAGGACAAAGAGGAAUUGGAGGACUGGGAAUUGGAGUACUGGCCACAUAGGAUUAUGUACCGGGAAAUCGAGGCGGCAACAAAGGGGUUCUCUGAUGAAAACGUUAUAGGGACCGGUGGCAAUGGGAAGGUCUACAAGGGGGUUCUGCCUGGUGGGGCGGAGGUUGCCGUGAAACGGAUCUUGCCUGAGAACGGCGAAGGAAUGCGGUCGUGCUUGGCCGAGGUCUCGAGCCUCGGGAGGUUGAAGCAUAGGAAUUUGGUUGGAUUGAGAGGUUGGUGCAAGGGAGAGAGGGGAAGCUUCAUGUUGGUGUAUGAUUACAUGGAAAAUGGGAGCUUGGACAGGAGAGUGUUUGAUUGUGAUGAUGAGAGUAAGAUGUUGGGAUGUGAGGAUAGGAGUAGGAUCCUCAAGGAUGUGGCUCGUGGGAUCUUGUACUUGCACGAAGGAUGGGAAGCUAAGGUCCUCCAUAGGGAUAUCAAGGCAAGCAACGUGCUACUCGACAAGGAAAUGAACGGCCGACUCGGGGACUUUGGGCUGGCCCGGAUGCACGAGCACGGGACUGUGGCCGGGACGACGAGGGUGGUUGGGACAAUGGGUUACCUUGCUCCCGAGGUGGCAAGGACUGGCCGGGCAUCCACGCAGACGGACAUGUUCGGCUUCGGGGUCCUGGUCCUAGAGGUCAUGUGCGGGAGGCGGCCGAUUGAGGAAGGCAAGCCGAUCCUGGUCGAAUGGGUCCGGGAAAUGGCAGCUCGAGGAGACCUCAUGGCUGCCGUGGAUGAGAGAAUCACGGCUCAAGGUGGUUUCGACCCGGAGGAGAUUAUACGCGUGAUGCAGCUCGGUCUGGUCUGUGUGAAUCCAGACCCGAGCGCAAGGCCCACGAUGAGGCAGGCCGUGAAAUUCUUGGAGGGUAAGAGCGAAGCGAACUGCGAGGCGGACAAUGAGGAGAUGGAAGCUUAUUUGCUUCAAAUGACGCGGAGUGGUGCAUUGUGGUCCAACCACCAUGGACAUAAUCUUGGCCACGCCUCACACCCAACCAUGGAAGACGUCAGGCAGUCUUUGUCAUCUUCCAUGUCCCUAUCUUGGUCCAACUCCAUCGUUGAGGGAAGGUAAAACCUUUCAAUUUCACAGUUGGUAAGGAGCAUCUUUGGCUGAACAUAAGUUGGUCUUACCAGAUAGAAAACACAUUUUUGGUUUUUUUUUUUUCCUUUUUCUUUUUUUGAGGAGGAUUCGUAGAGGCUUUCUUUGUUUAUGUUUUCUGUAAAUACAAUAGAUGCGGAGAAUUCCUAUCAUUCCUUGGGGCACCAUCGAUCACCCUUUUUUCCUAAUCACAUGAAUCAGAUGAUCAUGGGACGAUGAUGGGGCGAUGGUGCCCUCGGGAAGGACAGAAUGUCCCUCUAGAUGUGCAGAGGUUUGUUCACCAUUACUUUUCAUUUUGCUUAUUCCGAUUUGAUAUGUUUGGACAGGCAUACCUUUGAAGAGAUAAACAAAAUACCUUUUAGUUGGGCCUUUCACAAUGGUGUUGUUAUUAUCAUGA